AUGGGCUUCGCGCAGUGCGGCUGGCCGAUAUGGCAGGUUGAUGAUUUCUCCCUCUGCUUCCAGCAAGAUUUUCUCAAAGCACUAUUUCCAUUAAUCACGAUAGCUGUCUCGUUUCUCAUUCUCCUCUUUCCGUACGCCUGGCGCGCAGCGUCCCACAUCUCUCUUCGAAAGCGCGGCUACGAACCUCUCGCAAACGCCGCCGAUGACCAUGCCAACACGGCCGCGAAUCACACCGAUCUCCCACCCGACGAGCUCGACGACAGCGACGACAAUGACGAGCCUCUGACCAUGAACCGCAACGGCGGCGGCCGUCUCUCGCUCGUCAAGACGACAACGCGCGGCUCCGUCAUCUCGAUUGUCCAGGCCGACAGCCCCCAUGCCCAGAAAUUGUCGGUAUUCGUCGAAGAGGCUGCCAUCGUGGGACUCAUUGCCAUCUACAUCACUGCUAUCGUCACUGGCGGUUACGGCGAGAAGGGAAAGCUGUCUGCCGUUGCUGGUCUCGUGGCGUGGCUCUACGUCUUUGCCAUUGCCACGCUCCGUCUCACCCUCACCAGCACUCAAUGGCGAGUCCCCGCGACCCUGUGGAACCACACCGCUUCCAUCUACGGCUGCCAGUGGCUGUUCACCACAUUCAUUUUCCGCUCCGUCUUGAUCCAUCCGAGCAGUCGCCUGAUCCAAAUCCUCGUCGUUGUUGAGUUUGCCCUGACGACAUUCCUCUUCGUCAUGGCCAUUAGCACGAGGAAGGGCAACAAAACUGUCUUGCUCGAGUGGGAAGACGGCGUUGAGCCCUCGCGCGAGCCCCUGGCCUCCCUGCUGUCGCUCGCCACCUUCUCCUGGAUCGACCCCAUGAUCUGGCGUGGGUACAAGGAGACCAUCGAGAUGAAGGCCGUCUGGAACCUUGUUCCCCAGGAGAAGGCUGCCGCCGUCCUUGCCGACUACCGAACUCUCAAGAGGACGACCUCGCUGGCCAUGCAUCUGCUCAAGUACUUCAAGGGCGAGCUCAUUUUUCAGUGCUUCCUUGCCUUCAUUGGAGGUGUCUUCACAUUUGCUCCGACACUGCUGCUCAAGGCUAUCCUCGAAUAUGUCGAAAGACCCGACGAGGCGCCGAUCAACGUGCUGUGGCUUUACGUGCUUCUCCUGCCCAUUCUCGACCUUGUUCGCUCCUUCGGUGAUGGGAUGGCCCUUUGGAUCGGUCGAAAGAUUUGCAUUCGUAUCCGCGCCAUCAUCGUCGGUGAAAUUUAUGCCAAAGCGCUGCGGCGCAAGGCCGCGGCCGGCGCGGAAAAGGUCCUUGGCGAGAAGAAGGAUCAAGCCGAUGCUGGCAAAGAGGGCACCAUGGACAAGAUUAAGCGAAAGCUGCGCCUCAAGAAGAAGAAGUCGCAAGACUCAGCCUCCGAUGCCGAGGCGUCCGCCGCUGGUGCGCCGAAGGAGGCCAAGACGGACGACGAACAGGCAAACCUUGGAACCAUCAUCAACCUCAUGUCGGUCGACAGCUUCAAGAUUGCUGAGAUUACCGCCUACCUCCACUUCCUCUGCGCCUCCGCUCCGACCCAGCUUGUCAUCUCAGUUGUUCUGCUUUGGCAGGUGAUGGGCCUGAGCGCCAUUCCUGGACUCGUUGUCAUGGCGUUGCUGCUCCCCGUCAACUAUGGCUUUGCUCGCGGAUUCACCAACACUUCCAAGCAAAUCCUCAAGGCUACGGACAAGCGUAUCAACGUGACGAACGAGAUUCUCAACAACAUUCGCAUCAUCAAGUAUUUCGCAUGGGAGCAGCGAUUCGGAAGGAUCGUCGAUGAGAAGCGAGCUGCGGAGCUCCAGGCCCUGCGGUCGCGCUUCGUCAUCUGGUCAUGCGCUGUUGCCGUUUGGAACUCGGUCCCUGUUCUCAUCACGUUCUUCUCCUUCCUCAUCUACACUGCUGUCGAGAAGAAGCCUCUCUACCCCUCAGUCGCCUUCACUGCCAUUUCGCUCUUUAUGCUCCUCCGUGUGCCCCUCGACCAGUUCGGCGACAUGUUCGCCCACGUGCAAGAGACAAAGGUAUCUCUUGACCGUGUCGAGGAGUUCCUGAUGGAAGAGGAGACGGAGAAAUAUGAACAGCUCGGCGUUGACAAUCUGGACGAAAAUGGCAAAGAGACCAUCGGGUUCAGGGAUGCCACCUUCAUUUGGGGCGGCAAGGAUACCAUUGCUCAAGAUGGAUCGAUGGCCUUCCGCCUGCUCGACCUGAACGUGGACUUCAAGAUUGGCCAUCUCAACAUCAUUGCCGGCCCGACAGGAUCUGGCAAAACUUCCAUGCUCAUGGCUCUUCUUGGUGAGAUGACCUUGGUCGACGGCAAGGUAUACUGUCCCGGUGGUCGCAGCCGAGAGGACGUCCGCCCUGAUCCUGAGACUGGACUGGCCGAUACGAUCGCCUAUGUUGCACAGUCCGCUUGGUUGGUCAAUGCCAAUAUCAAAGAGAACAUUCUUUUCUCGGCCGAUCUCGACGAAGAGAGGUACAAGAAUGUCAUUGUUGCCUGUGCUCUGGAACGCGACCUCGAGAUUCUCGACAACGGCGACGAAACCCUUGUCGGAGAGAAGGGCAUCACACUUUCCGGCGGCCAGAAACAGCGCAUCUCACUGGCGCGUGCCCUCUACUCGAACUCCCGCCAUCUUCUGCUCGACGACUGUCUGAGCGCCGUCGACUCUCAUACCGCACAGUGGAUCUUCAACAACGCCAUCCACGGCCCGCUCAUGCUCAACCGGACGUGCAUUCUCGUCACUCACAACAUCCAGCUCUGCGCGCCCUCUGCUAACUUCGUCGUCGUCCUGGACAAUGGAAGAGUGGCAGUCCAAGGCCCUGCCGGUGAGCUCAUCGAAGCCGGAAAGCUCGGCGAGGAUGUCCAGCGAUCCCGCCCCGGUACUGCUUGCGCAUCCCGUAUCCCGUCCCGCGUCCCCUCCAGCGUCGGAGAAGACAGCGCCGAGACGGUCGUGAAUCCCGGGGAUGAGAACGGAAAUGGUGCGCCUGCCAAAGACCCUACGAAGAAGAAGGAGCAGAAGGACGCCAUGGACGAGAACAAGGCCGUCGGAGCUGUCAAGUGGCCGAUCAUUAAGCUCUACCUUGGCUCGAUGGGCCCCUGGUGGUUCUGGAUCGUCGCCGGCGUUGUGUUCAGUCUUCAGCAAGUCUCAGGCGUCGCCACGAACGUUUGGGUCCGAGAGUGGGCCAAUCAAUAUGUUGUCGAAGAAGUCGACCGUAUCGACUUCUCCACCGCGUCCCACAGCUACAGCCAACAGAGCCUGUCGCCGACCUACUUUGCACACAUUGCACACUAUGGCUUUGUCGGCAACGCCACGACCUUCGGCAUUGAGGCAUCUCAUGGUGUCAAUGUGGCAUACUACCUCACCGGUCUCGCGGUCAUUGGCAUUCUCGGCGCCUUGACUGCCUUCAUUCGUGAUAUUUGGAUCUUCUAUGGUUCUCUUACGGCAUCCAAGAAGAUCCACACGUCGCUCAUGGAAGCCGUGUCGAGGGCCAAGUUCAAGUUCUUCGAUGUGACCCCUCUCGGCCAGCUCAUGAACCGUUUCAGCAAGGACCUCGAGGCUGUCGACCAGGAAGUCGCCCCCAUCGCUAUUGGCGUCAUUGGGUGCGCUCUGGGUAUCGUGGUCACUGUCGCGCUCAUUGCUUUCAUCACGCCCGGUUUCCUCAUUGCCGGUGUCUUCAUCACCAUUGCCUACUGGCUCGUUGGCUCGUUCUAUCUCCGGGCCUCUCGCGAUUUGAAGAGACUGGAAGCCGUCCAGCGGAGCCCUCUCUUCCAGCAGUUCAGCGAGACCCUUUCUGGCAUGACUACGAUCCGUGCCUAUGGCGACGAGCGCCGCUUCAUUCGGGAGAACCUUACCAAGAUCAACACCCAGUCGCGACCUUUCAUUUACAUGUGGGCUUGCAACCGUUGGCUGUCGUUCCGCACCGAUCUCCUCGGCGAUCUUGUGUCUUUCUUUGCGGGAGUCUUUGUCAUUCUCAGCCUGGGCAAGAUUGAUCCUGGUGCGGCUGGUAUCUCGCUCAGCUAUGCCAUUGGCUUCACGGAGAACGUUCUGUGGCUCGUCCGACUGUACGCUCUGAACGAACAGAACAUGAACUCUGUCGAGCGAAUCAAGGAGUAUCUCGACGUCGAACAAGAAGCGGAACCCAUCAUCGAGAAGAAUCGACCCGCCGCCAACUGGCCCAGCCAGGGCUCCAUCGAGUUCAUCGGGUACACGACGGCUUACCGCAAGGAACUCGACCCCGUGUUGCGCAACCUCAGCUUCAAGAUCAACCCCAAGGAAAAGGUCGGCAUCGUCGGCCGUACUGGCGCCGGCAAGAGUUCGCUCGCUCUGGCCAUCUUCCGUGCGCUCGAGGCGGACGCGGGUAAGAUUCUUAUUGACGAUGUCGAUAUUGGUCUCAUUGGCCUUCGUGAUCUUCGCGAGGCCAUCACUAUCGUGCCCCAGGACCCGACUCUCUUCCAGGGUACCAUUCGCACCAAUCUUGACCCCUUCGACACGUACGCCGACGAGCAGAUCUUUGAGGCUCUGCGCAAGGUGCAGCUCAUCGGCCCCAGCGAGUCCUUGACCAGGCCGCAGACGCCCGCAGCCUCGUCUCUGAACCCCGGAACACCGACCAUUUCCAUCUCGAGCGACGGCGCCCCUGUUCGUAGCCCCGCCGCAUCAAUUGCACCGACCAACAAGAACAUCUUCCUCGAUCUCUCUUCUCCAGUCAGCGAGUCUGGAUCCAACCUCUCGCAAGGUCAGAGGCAACUGCUCUGCCUGGCACGGGCUAUUCUUAAGAACCCCACGGUGCUGGUCAUGGACGAGGCGACUGCAUCCAUCGACUACGCAACAGACUCCAAGAUUCAAGAGACGAUCCGCGAAUUGACGAGUACUAUUAUCACCAUUGCGCAUCGCCUGCAGACCAUUGUCGACUAUGACAAGGUCCUUGUUCUCGACAAGGGUUCCGUCGUGGAGUACGGACACCCCUAUGAGCUGAUCCGCAAGGAGAAAGGCAGCUUCCGCAGCAUGUGUGACAUGAGCGGCGAGUUGGACCUCCUCAUAAAGGCGGCGAAGAAGAAGUGGGACUCGGGCCGUCUCGUAGAUGUCGAUGAGGAGGAGCAGUGA